AUGUCCAUGCCCACCAACAAGGCUCCAGGCAUUAUUAAGGACUGCUUACCAGUCAUCCUCGGACCAUUAACAGAUAUUAUUAAUGCUUCACUGACGUCUUCUGAGUUCCCACAAUCUUGGAAGGAGGCAGAAGUUAUUCCACUAAUAAAGGAGG